AUUUCUCGUGCGUUUUGAGGAAGAGUUUUAAAUUCAAGAAGAAAGUCACGUCGACUUUCCUAGGAAAUUAGCAUCUUGGCGCACGCGCAGCAUCCGCUUUUCAUUCUAAAAUCUGACGGAUCUGGGCGACUUACAUUCAGUCGACUCAUGGAAUUCGCCGGAAUGAUCUCGAUCGUAUUUUAACUUUGUUCCAAAUUCGUAUCACUUGGUAGGGAAAUAAAUUCAUAGUCUAGAUGCACCUGAAAUAUUAAAUUAAAAGACACGUGUGUAACGUUUGACGUUGCCGAUACCAAUGUCAAUAUGAAAAGUGAAAAGAGAAAGAAGAAAUUUAAGACACCAUUUAUUUUAAUAAGGAUUCGAAAGCAUCAAGUAGCCAAUACCUAACAAUGUUCAUAUAGUUAUGGAAUAUUGUCGAUGAUUAAUUUUAAAAACAACCGAAGCCAAAUAUUCGAAGUGAAUCUUAUUAAAUCAAGCUUCUUCUCUAAGUGAGAUUUUAUUUGGGAGACGAUAGGAACGUUUCUCAAACGUUUAUUCUCGCUCAAAAGAGUUUAUCGUCUCGGAUGGCGAAAAUAGAUCUCUUUCUCUCUCUCUUCCUUUCCGAUGCCCCGUUGAGAGAAAAAAGAGAACGAUUCCAGCUCCUGCGAAAGAUGAAGGAAAGAGAAAGUGAGAUUUAACGAGGGGAGCAAAGGGAUGUAUGAGCAACCCAUAUGAACGUGUAUAUCUGCACGUGUACGUGAGCUAACGAUGAAAGAAAAUCCAAAUUACGGGAUGUUCACAUUAGAUGUUUUGUGAGCUUUACGUUAACACCACUAUAAUGUGUAUAGAGAUUGGAAAAAGUAUGCUGGAAUAUUGGAUGGGAAGCAACAAAAGUGAUCUGAACAGGAGCAAUGUAACGAUCGAACAGGUCCUACAGGAUCCAGGAUCAGUGGUUCUUUUCAUUGGUUAUCCACCGUGGCUUUUGUACUUUGCCGCUGGCUGUUGUAUUCUCUUUAUGCUCAUUGGCAUUCCAGGGAAUCUUAUCACCGUGGCUGCUCUCUUUCGUACCAAGAAGUUGAAGAACGCCACUGCGAUAUUCAUAAUGAAUUUAUCAUUUUCGGAUCUGCUGUUUUGUUGUUUUAAUCUACCACUUGCCACCUCAACUUUCUGGCAUGGAUAUUGGUUGCAUGGAGCAUUGCUGUGUCGUUUAUUCCCAUUGCUGAGAUACGGCCUCGUAGCUGUCAGCCUCUUUACCGUUCUGUCGAUUGCGAUUAAUCGUUACGUCAUGAUCGGACAUCCCAGGCUCUAUCCAAAACUUUACAAAUCGAAAUACUUGAUACCAAUGGUUUUGGCAACAUGGAUCCUCGGUUUCAGUUCUUUGAUCGUCACGUGGUUCGGUCAUUGGGGCCGUUUUGGCUUAGAUCCUGCAAUAGGUUCGUGUUCGAUUCUUCCGGAUGUGCAUGGACGAAAUCCAAAGGAGUUCCUUUUCGUAUUAGCAUUCUUGACUCCCUGCGUUGCAAUCGUAGUAUGUUACGCGAGAAUCUUUUACAUCGUCCGUAAGACAGCAUCAAAAAGUGGUAGACAAGAUAAAGUAUCUAACAUGAUCGAUGUCGGCGACAGGAACCGCGAGCAACGAUCUGUCACACCGAGAUAUCAGGAGGAAGAAUUGUCUAUGCUUGGUUCGAGUUGCGUCGCGGCAGGACUUUGCGUUUCAUUUUCUAGUCGUCAAACGAAAGAAGAACAAACUUCGCGAAUUUUUAACGGACAGACUUACGAAGAAUCAUCCUUGGGAAAUCCACCUUCGUCCGAAGAGGACUCAUCGAGAAACGAAGAAAACGAUUUGCAAGAGGAGAGUUCAAUUGGUCACGAUCCUUCUAUACAAGAUAAGGAGAGAAUAGCUUAUGAAGGCAUGGAGGACAUACCGUUCGCUGAUGAUCGCGACGCAGACAUCGGUGAUACGAACAUAUUUCUGAGCACUGAUCCCAGAAAGAUCAAGGACUUUACUGAAAAACCAACUUUGAAUGCUAAAAAAAGACUCGAAGGAAUGGCAAGCCGUGCUUCUUUUGUGGUCGAGUCAACUCUUUGGAUUCAAAGAAUCACAGAAUCCGGGACGCGAUUGGAACGUUCCGAAACGUUUGCUAGUUCAAGAUCAAGUAAUUCUGAUCGUCGUAUGAAAACAAGAGGUAAGGUAUUUCGCCGAGAGUCCAAAUUCAAGAGCCUUGGUAGAUUGCGAAAUAUGGACAAUGGGCCAAGGAUGUCAAGGAAAGAUAAAAAACUUUUGAAGAUGAUACUUGUUAUCUUUUCAUCGUUUCUAAUUUGUUAUUUACCGAUCACCGUCACAAAACUUUUUAAAGAGGCCGACGAGUGGAGGGGCCUCAAUAUCGCUGGAUAUAUUCUCAUUUAUUUGACAACGUGCAUCAAUCCUGUCGUUUACGUUGUUAUGAGUUCCGAAUACAGAAGUGCAUAUAAAAAUAUGUUACUCUGUAGGAACGAGUCUGUCUCUUCGGCGAAGAUGAAAAUUUCGCAUAGGAUUGUUAGAAAACAUUCUAUGUGAACUUUAUGAAUUUAAUGAAAUUUACUUAAAGUAUACGCAUGUGUGUGUGCGUGCGUGCGUGCGUGCGUGCAUGUGUGUGUGUGUGUGUGUGUGUGUGUAAUAAUUGUGCAAAACUCUUUGAAUCUAAAGAGAGUUGUCAUGGUUUUACCACGAGUGUACCUUAAAUAAUUCAAUAAAAGAAGUUGCAGUGCGAAAUUAGAAAUAAAUGCGAUUUAAUAAAAAAACAAUGUAUUAAUUUUCUUACUCGCAUAUUAAAAGAAAAAACGUGUGUAUUUGAGAGAAUUUUCGAUUUUUGAAUAUAGGAAGAAAAUAUAUAUAACUUAAAUAUGUCUUUCAAAGCAAAGAUUCAAUCUUCCUUUGAAAAAUAUACUAAAAACUAUAGGUACAUCCUACUUAUAAUAUGAAUUAAGUUAAUUUACCUAAUAGGAUAGAAUUUCAUCAAAUGUGACGUUUUUCGAGUUUACAUUACAUAAAUUGACAUUAAAAUUAAGGAAUAUUAAUUAAAAAAGAAUUCACUCCACGCAAACUCCACUUUUUAAAUGAUUUUGAAAUAACUUCGAUUUUAUAUACAAACUUUAAAACAUUAUUUAAGACUUUAACAAAUUCUCGCAUUCGUCUGUUAAUUUAUUGAAAUUACGAAGAGAUAAGUAAAAACGAAGAAAAUUAAUUUUAAUAUCGGUCCAAAUUCGGUGGAACAGCUGCCGCCUGUAUGGUGCUAAUAUUCAUUGUUUGCCAUUUUUUCUCGUUACUACUAUCCUUCCUGCUGUCACUUUGAGGCGUUAUCUUGCUUAUAUCUAGUUUAUUUUCCGAUUGUUUAUGUUUAAAAUGCAACCCGGCCGCUGUUCCACCCAAACCCAUUCCACCAAGAACCAUUAACCAUUUAACGAAUCUGAAAUUCGUUUGUAUCGAUAUAAAUGGCAUUAUAUAAAUUGUAUUAUAUAAAUUGUACGUAAUCGAUAUUAUAUUACAACGCAACUAUCAUUAUCAAAUGUCGAUUUGUAUCUAAUGCAAAUCAUAUUAAAUAAUAAAUUAUACGAGUUAUUGUACUUACCCUACAAUAGAGAUUGCUUUAAAAACAA